AAGGCCACGACGGGCGAGCAGAGCUCGCCCACUGGCGAUACCGCAGAAAAACUCGUCAAAGGCUGAGAUAGAGACGCUUUGCAAGGGGUAACUAGUAAAAGUUCUGCACAUCGAUCUCUUGUCUUGUAUCUGGUGUUUCGCUAUUACAGGUCCUUCCUCAAGCUGGCGUUGUCACAGUCGGCAUGUCCUCACGAUCGCCAACAACGGAGCCGCUUGUUAACCACCCGAAGGAAUCGACGAGCAAAGGCAUGAACGAGGACGGCGGCGACGGCAGAUUCUCAUGGCUGACAGCACUGGGCUUCGGUUUCCUUACCUUCAAUUCCGGGAUGGCGAUCUACCGGUCCGAUGGCGACAAGGGAUCCGUGGCGUUCGUCGUGGCAUCCUACUUGGACCUCGUGCUGCUCUUCGCGUGCCUUCGCCUAUUCGAGAGGGCGCCGAGGAACUCUCCCCGCCGGGAAUGGCUCAAGCUCUUCGUCUGGGCCCUGACCACCUUGCUCACGGUCAUGUUCUCGUACAAGGUGGCUGCGAUAAUGCCGCCGCUGGUCGCCGUUUUGGUGUGGGCGAUGGCGUUUGCCACAAUCGGUGGUGGGUUCUACGCCUUCUUCGUCCACCAGGACAAGGCUGCCCAAUUGGAGCAGCCCAACAUGUAAGCUCUCGCGGUGUUCUCUUCGAUGCGUCUUCAGUGAGGUUCAUGUACGCCACAUCACAUACGGUGAUCAGGUAUGAUGUGUGUAGCUAUUGUGUAAUAAUAAAACUAAUAGUAAUGGUAAUGCUUCUAUGGUUUGUAACUUCG